AUGUCCCGAGCCUCCUCCGUGUCUAACCUACGCGGAAGGAGUUCAAGUCCACUUUCUCGUUCACCCUCCAACGGUCAACGGCCAUCCAUCUCGGAACGAGAAGUCUUCAGGUGGUCGGAACUGCACACGAUAACAAACCAGGUAUUCUCCAAGGCUUCUCAGAAAGCGUCGAGUGUUCUUGGAAAGGCGACAUUCAGUACUCCAACUGUUAUCGCCUCGAAUGGGAUGAUUUGUUUGGGAUUGGAGGAUGGCAGAGUACUCGUGUAUGAUUUCAAGCAGACUUUGAAAGCUAUUUGCGGGAACGAGUCUAUAGGCAAAACGAUGGGACCCGUUACAGCUCUAGCAUUAUCUCAUGACCACACUUGUGUCGCAACUGGGCACGCCAACGGCCACAUACAACUUUACGACUUGCGAAAACCAACCUCACCCAUCCGCUCAGUCUCUCCCACAACACUUGACGUUGUGGCUACAGGACGGAAAGAAGGUCAUUUACAAGGUUCCAGGAUCGUCAGUAUCGGCUUCAUCGCAGGACGACACACGGCCCUUGUGUCAGCGGAUGAACAUGGGCUAGCAUUCUACCAUUCACUUGGGAAGAUGUUGUUCGUCGAGGCAGCUGAUAUUUUGAGGAUACUGGGGCAGUAUCCUGAACCUAUACCUCCCCCAGAAGCCCUCCAAAGUCCACCCUCAGCUCCUCUAACCGCCAACCGCAAAGUCCGCUACGUCGUUCUCUCUAUGGCGCCCCUCCCACUAGGUACCAACCCCCACCCGACCGACGCAUACAACGUAGUUGCUCUACUUACACCAACUAAACUCGUCGUGGUGGGUCUUAAACCGACUCCCAAAACAUGGUUCAAAAUCCCCCGUGAGCCAGAGGAAGGCCGUCUCUCCAAGUCACGUAUGAAAGGGACGUUGGCGUGGUUCCCUAGUGUGGCGAGGCCGUCUCCGAAUGGACCAACCGGCAACCAGGCCGUGUCAGUGAAGCAGAAGGACGGUACUGUUGAACAGGGUACCGAACCUAUACUGGCAUACAGUUGGGGGAAUUCUCUGAGGAUCAUCAAGGUUGUGGAGGCGAGGUUCAAGCAACGCGUAAUGAGUUUGAAAACAGGCAAGACGAACGAAAUUGAUAUUGGGACGAUUGGGUAUGAGGUUGUGGGCCGGUAUAUGGCUGAGGAGACGAUUACGGCCAUGCAGUGGUUGCACGCGAACCAAAUUGUCCUUGUUACUCGAAGCAGUAUGGUCGUCUACGACAUCCAACUCUCUCGGAUACUUGAACAUGCCAAGUUUGACGGCCUAGCGUUGAUGUCGCCGACACUCGAUCGAACUGCGAAUGGGUCUGUGUCUUACUCGGACGCUGCUGCUGAUACGGCGCAUAGCCUGCGGGUGUACAAAGGGAAAAUGUUCCUUCUGGCUCGAGAUAGGGUGUUGGUAGGAACCAUGUUAACAUGGGCGGACAGGAUUCUCUCGCUGGUCGAAGCUGGCGACUUCCUGGGAGCCAUCGAACUUUGUCGCACGUACUACACCAACGAAGCACCAGGGAAUAGGAACGGAUUACCAGACGAUCCGGAACUUCGUCAAACCGUCAUUGGCGACAAGCUGCGAAGUCUGAUGGUUGCCUCGGCCACUUAUGCCUUCUCAGAAGACCGCUUAACAGACGAGACACACAGGACACCUGGAGGGGUGGACCGGACCCCUCUGUUCGAAGGCCUGGUCUCUACCUGUUGUCGCGCGGCCAUCGCACUCGAUGACUUCUAUUUCCUGUUCGAAGAUCUGUUCCAACUAUACGACGACAGUGGUAUAGCCACCAUUUACCUGCGGCAACUGGAGCCAUUCAUACUCGACAACGAAAUCCGCUACGUCCCUCCGCGGAUAACGCAGCGCCUCAUCGCCCUACAUGAAGUCGACGGCCAUCCAGAGUACGUUGAACGUAUCAUCUGGCACAUGGAUCCCGCCUGCCUCGACCUCAAUCAAACCAUCCAACUCUGUCAAAAGUUCCGCCUCUACGAUGCCCUAAUCUACAUCUAUACCCGUGCAUUGCAAGACUACGUCGCACCCGUUGUCGAACUACUGGGUCUUAUCCGCCGAAUCUACCAAUUGUGGAGGACGGAGUCGUUGGGUUUGGAGAAUCCGAAUCCCAGUGACGACGAGUCACCCGACAGUCUUGCGCAAAAUGCGUACAAGAUAUACCCAUACCUCGCCAACAUCCUUUCCGGGCUGUCGUUCCCCAGUGAAGAACCACUUCCUGAAGAUGAAGCCAACACCGCCAAGAAAUCUCUUUACUCUUUCCUCUUCUUUGGCAGAUCCAACGUCUGGCCUCCCGGCAACGAUGGUAAACUGGUUCUAACAGCCAUCGAGGAAGGCGGGGUGGAACCUACUUAUCCCUACGCUCGGCAGCUUCUCCGCUUCGACUCUGAAGCAUUCCUGCAUUCGCUCGAUAUCGCCUUUGAAGAUUCUUUCCUCAACGAUGAGAGUCGAAAUGUGAAUCGUCUGAUUAUCGUGCGGAUACUGUUGGAGAUUAUGAGCGACGAGGAGCUCACGACGGAGGACGUCACACUAGUGAACAUCUUCAUUGCACGCAACGUCCCUAAAUACCCUCAAUUCCUUCCCAUCGCACCCACCAUUCUUCACAACGUCCUCAUAGGCCUGGCUGAGGAUCUUGAUCCCAAAACACGGGAGGAUCGGCAAUUAGCCGCCGAGUACCUGCUCUCCGUAUACAACCCUCACGACAGCGAGCAGAUCAUUUCCCUCUUUGAAGAAGCUGGAUUCUACCGCAUCCUGCGGACAUGGUACCGACAGGACCGCCAGUGGCCCUCCCUCUUCCUCACCUACGUUAACGACCACAGUCUGCACCCUGCCGAUCUCUUCACCAACAUCGACACCACCCUAAAGAGUGCAGCACGGCAUAACCACCGAUCACUCCCAACCGAAGUGUCCCAGGUCCUUACAGACUCACUACCAACCCUCCUCCGCAUGGGCAUCUCCAGUACAGCUGCCCUCCUCGACCUCCACGCACCCCAGAUGCAUGAGGAGACGCUGUCAGUGAUCGCCAACGAAUUCCACGAAGAUGUAGAGGAAGCCAAAUUCAUGUACCUCAAACAACUCUUCGUGGACUCGGGCGAUACCGAAAUCCCAUUCACCAAACGCGCAAUUGACCCUUCCCGACUACCCCAUGCAAUGCUCCGAACUUUCAUCGACCUCCAAACACGGCUCGCCCCCACUGACGUUGUAGAUGUCCUCAAACAACUCGAUAGCUCCAACGCCAUCUCGGACUGGUCGGAAGUGACCGACAUAUGCGAGGAAAACGAGGCUUGGGAUACGGUCAUUUGGGCGUUGAAUUGGAAAAAGGAACCACAGGCUGCUUUGCGCAAGUCGGAGAGUUAUCACCAACAGCUUACGCGACGUGUCAUUCGUUCCUUGUCUUCCCAGGCGGCUAUUGCACGGGAGCUUGCUCUGUUGAAAGCGAUCGGAAUCACUGGAAGGGAUAUCUGUCUUGGACACUCCCAAUCGCUCGAACCAUCGGAGGUUCCGCUCGAGGACAUGUGGUUUGGUCUGCUUAGCAGUCAGAUCCACGCUGUUCAAUCGGUGUCAUCGAGUGGGUUGGACAUUGAAGGAGAGCAACUCCAAGGCGUGCUCACACAGCUCCGCGCGUUGGUACAGACGACGUUCACUGCGUUGGUAUCCAUCACAUCCACCGAAGCGGUAUCAUUCCCUCGCCUCUUCAAACGCCUUGUAGACGCAACACCCACAGCAACUGGGACACACUACACCGAAUUCCGCCUCAUUCUGGGAGGUAUGCUGGAAUCGUACCGCUCGGAUGCUGACAUGCUCAAUAUCACAAAACAUUUGGUGGAGAGGGAUUUGUUCGAGAACAUAUCGCGUUACACGGUCGCGAAGAGGAAGGGGUGGGCACCGUCAAGUGGGACUUGCACAGUCUGUCGCCGCCCUCUACUGCCAAGUUUCUCGACCAAGGGCAAGUCGACGCAGCCAGUUCAAAUAUCCCUCAGCGAGAUUGUUGUGUCUCGCACCGGGUCCAUCACGCACAAGGAAUGUAUCGAGGCAGCUGUACCCGUCUCUUCUUGA